UUGGCUUGCUUGGCUGUCUCAGGGUGCAGGAGACGCUGGGAGGAAUGACAGAGAGAGAGAGAGACAGAAAGAGACAGAGAUAUACUGCUGGACUUCCUGACUGCACACACACAGGUCAUGUUACAAUUUUAUAGCACCUAAAAAUAUAUUAAGUAUUUAUUUAUUACUCCGGUAUAGAAAACCAUUUUAGAACCAUGGAUGACACGGAUUAUGGACGCUUUGUGGAUUGGGAUCAGAUGGAGACUACUACGCAAGAGCCAAGUCCCAAAGUAUUAAACUGCACUGAUUUCCAGGAGCUUAAACAACUGGCCCGUCAGGGAUAUUGGGCCAAGAGUCAUUCACUGCGAUCCAAGGUCUACCACAAGCUGAUAAAGGAAAUCCCUUGUCGAACUGUAACGCCAGAUGCGAGCGUGUACCGUGACAUUGUGGGUAAGAUUGUCGGCAAGCGCAGCUCAAUAUCCCUCCCUCUACCAGAAUUUGUAGAUGAACGCCAGAUUCCUACUUACUGUCUUAACACAGAAGGGAUCAGAGCAGUUCGGAAAAUCCUCCUUUGUAUCUCAAACCAGUUCCCGGAUAUAUCUUUCUGUCCAGCACUACCGUCUUUGGUUUCUUUGCUUCUACAUUACAGCCAAGAUGAGGCAGAAUGCUUUGAAAGUGUCUCUCGAAUACUGGCUUGUAAUGACCCCAACAGGAGACUUGUUGACCAAACUUUCCUAGCAUUCGAAUCUUCUUGUAUGACCUUCGGAGACCUUGCAGGCAAAUAUUGCCAAGGUCCUCAUAAGCUGAUGGUGGCUGUGUCUGAAGACGUCUUAGAGGUGUACUCUGAUUGGCAGAGAUGGCUCUUUGGAGAACUUCCUUUCACCUAUGUUACACGUGUGUUUGAUGUGUUUAUGGUCGAGGGCUACAAAGUAUUGUUUAGAGUAGCCCUGGCUAUUCUUAAAUUCUUCCACAAGGUAAAGGCUGGCCUACCGAUGGAGUCUAGCAACGUAAAAAGAGACCUCCAAAUGUUUGUAAAAGAUAUUGCCAACUCUGUUUCUCCAGAAAAGCUUUUGGAGAAGGCAUUUGCGAUCAGGUUGUUCUCCCGUAAGGAGAUUCAGCUAUUACAGAUGGCCAACGAGAAAGCCCUGCAGCAGAAAGGGAUAACCGUCAAACAGAAAAGAGUAAAAUCACCUGUCCGGCAGAAUGUUCACCUUGCUGUCCACGCUGAAAACUUCAAAUCCGAGAUCGUGAGCGUAAAAGAAAUGCGUGACAUAUGGUCUUGGAUCCCUGAGAGGUUUGCCCUGAGUCAACCCCUCCUGCUUUUCACCAACUCGGAGCAUGGCAACAGCCUCAGCAGGUUUUACUUGCAUUGUGAAGGACAUGAACCUACGCUGCUGCUGAUUAAAACCAGCAACAAGGAGGUGUGUGGUGCGUUCCUCUCCACGGACUGGGCAGAGCGGAGAAGGAGCGGGAAUAAACUCAGUUUCUUUGGGACUGGGGAGUGCUUUGUGUUUCGGCUGCAGCCCGAGGUGGAAAGAUACGAGUGGGUGAUAAUUAAACAUCCUGAGCUCGGCAUGGCAAGUUCCUCGUUGGCUAACAAAGAUGCAAACUCCACAGAAGAGACGGGCAAUGGGACCGAUCCUGCUGACCGCCUUUCCCCUUUCCUCGCUACACGGCAUUUUAACCUGCCCUCCAAAACGGCCUCCAUGUUUAUGGCGGGUAGUACAGAGUGCAUCAUUAUAGGUGGUGGUGAUGGGCAGGCAUUAUACUUGGACUCUGAUCUGAACUAUGGAAGAACCAGCCAUUGUAACACAUUCAACAACCAACCACUGUGCUCUGAAACCUUCCAGAUAUCCACCAUCGAAGUCUGGGCCUUUAAGGACAAUCUGAAUGAAGACCGCUAAUGACAUUGACCGCUAAUGACAUUCCUUCACCUAAACUGCCAUCCAUGUGGCAUUUUGAGUAGACCUAUGCUAGAAAAGCAAGUCUGCUACUGAUUGGUGCUUCCUGGAAAGCGUUUAUCCACUUUUCGUACAAGUAUGUUUUCUCCAUAGGAAGGGGAGGAAGUACUAGAUAACCAACAAUUAAUUUAACCUGAGAGAUUUGAUCAUGUAUAUAUCUGUGUGCUGUCCUACGGAUCUUUCCAAGAUUUGCCCAGAAAAGAACCACAUGUACACUUUACAUGAAGGCAUACACCAAUACGCACUUUCACUUGGCUCAUGAAACAUUGACGUGGGCCUAAAUCAAAACACGUUGCUAUAUACGUUUGAUUAUGUAAGCAACUUCUACUCUGACCAAUAUGCAACAGUCUUAAAACCUCAAUGACUUUCUGUGACUCACUGAGAUUGUGUCAUGUGCUCUGUCUAUUCGGAGGUUCUGUCCUGGCCUCCAGCAAGUUGACCUGUUUGUGUUUUUGUAUUUGUUGUGGGAUUUCUUUGUAAUUGUUUUUGGGUUUCGACUUUUAUUUUUUUAUUUUUUUUCACAGUGAAAAUUUUCAUGGAGCCAUGUGUCUUCAUAACUGUGUUCAUUAUCCUUAACCCCUUAAGGACCAAACUUCUGGAGUAAAAGGGAAUCAUGACAUGUCACACAUGUCAUGUGUCCUUAAGGGGUUAAAAGAAAAUAAGUGUGUGCUUUACAACAGAAAGCACAACUGAAACAUUGUCUUAGUCCCCAAGAAAUGUGGCCACUGGUGUUCGUAUGUGUAAGUUGAUUAUUUAAACUUUGUCCAGAGUCGAUUGCAUAUCAGACAAAUAUUUUCUGGAAUAAAAGUAAAUCUCAUCCUC